AAUGCCGAGUACAGGAAGCGGACAAAGCAAAUAUGAGCAACUUUGAUUGAACAUGUGGAAGACUCUUAGUUAUGGAGAGGUCUCUCAGGGGAAACUCAAAUCUCUGUCCAUGGAAAUUUUCAAGAAGGGAAGAUGAGAAAAUUGGAUUAAAGACAUUCAAUUGUCCGUGGCCAUGUAUAGGUGCCAGAAACUCAGAUAUGCACCCAGGUCUAUCUGACUCUAAAGCCCAGACUGUCUCCAGACUUUACAAACUAUUAUCUUGUGAUGGUUUUCUAUCUCCAUUCUCCAUUAAGGAUCUUACCAACAGUAUCAUUACAGCUGUGUUCCUUUCAGUAGUUGCCAUCUUGGCCAUGCAAGAAAAGAAAAGAAGGCAUUUGUUCUAUGUCGGAGGGUCCCUGUGUCUCACAGCGGUAAUUGUGUGUUGCAUCGAUGCGUUUGUGGUCACCAAGAUGAUGAGGACUAACUUGAAAAGAUUCCUGGGAAUCGAAUUUGAAAGCAAGCUUUCCCCCGCCAAGGACGCCUACCCCGAAACCGGCCCCGACGCCCCACAGAGGCCCGCCUGAAGCCAGCCCCGCGCCCUAGCAGAUGCAUGUGUCUGUCCAAUCUCUGCCUCCGAGCCCACCCCCGAGCUCGCGUGCUGUCACCCAUUCCGGCCUAAAUGUGACCAUAAAAUUAGGGCUACUGCUUUUAUUGAGAA